AUGGCUGGGAUUGGGUAUGGUCAUGUGGCCGGCUGGGUCACAUGGGUUGGAUCUGUUCCUGCUUUUUUCGUUUCAUUUCUCGUUUUGGCUCUCAUUGUUGUUAUAUAUUUUGCCAUUUUCACAUAUUGUCAGAUUUGGAAAGAAAGAAUGAAUGAAAGAAAAAAAUUAUUAAGAUAA